AUGGCCCUGAUCCGCGGUGCGAGUCUUCGCGCCGCCAGGACGGCGUCGAAGCCGGACUAUCUGGUUUUCGGGUCGGCCUUCGGCUUCGAAUCCCUCGCCAUCCCCCUGUGCACCGGGGGCGGACCUCUUCCCGGUAGGCACUGCAGCGUCCUACUUGUUGUGCGCCCUGGCGACCUGCUUUUGCCUGAUGAGGAGGAGAUCGAGACCUUCUACCGCCACCUCGACCCCAAGACCUCCUCCAAGCGGCACGAGGAGGAGGCGGCCAACGUUUUGAGGCAGGAGGUCGCCGGCACGGGGCUGCUGGCGGUCAACGCGUUAGCGUGGUCGUUGGAGCAUCUGGACGACGUGCAUCGCAGCUACGAUCCGUUCAUCGUCGAGAACCUGAAGCUGGUCGGCUUGAAGGCGCUCCGACUGGAGCUGGUGCACCACGUGGAGAAGGCCGCGUUGAACUCACGGGAGGCGGCGUCGACCGUGGGUCGUGGCGUCGGAACCGGCAUCUCUCUGGGUGGGGAGGCCGAGGAGGGUGCGGCGGGGGAGCAGGACGGUGGCUCGGACGAGGAGGAGGAGGACGAGGAGCGUGAGGAGGACGCCGUGGUUGUCACCGGCGAAGAGGAGGCAGUACAGUUCGCCGGUGAGAAGGUUGCGGAUAAGAGCGGCGGCAGCGGACCCAAGUCGGGCAAGAAGGCGCGGGGCAGCGGUGGCUCGACCCCGACUAGGAUUGCGUCAAAGGCAGCUGUUGAGCGUCUGAAGGCGGCGGAGAGGGAGAACAAGAAGCUGAGGGAGGAGAAGCUGGUGGCGGAAAAGAGGCUGGAGGACUAG